GAUUCUGGUACUAGACCAGGGGAAAGUUGCGGAGUAUGACUCACCCGACAAUUUACUGAGCGAUACCAACACCAUCUUCUACGGCUUGGCGAAAGAGAGCGGCAUUGUCAACUAA